AUGGCUAUCGGAGCCUCGAUUACCGCAGGUGAUCCAGAAUAUCCGGGAGACACGGAGGAGAAUGGAUAUCGCGAGGCCUUGCGUGACCAGCUCAGAUUCGAAGGCUGGAAAGCGAACAUGGUAGGAAACCUGAACCGUGAUAGCAUGUCGGACAAUGACCAUGAAGUUAUUGGUGGUGAACGUGUCUCUGCGAUUGCGGCGCGAGGCAAAGCGUCAGCAGCUGUCUGGCUUCCCAACUUCGUACUGAUCAACGCCGGAAUCAACGACGGAGCUCAAAAUGGCGACAAAGAGUCCAUCGGUGGGACCCCAGCACAUAUGAAACAGCUUGUUCUAGGCAUCUUUGCAGAAAUCCCAAACGCUGUCGUCAUUUCUACAGCCGCCUUCAGCUAG